AUGGCUGCUUCCUUGGUACAUGUGCAAGAUGUGGUGCAGUAUGCUGGGUACUGUAUCCUCGUCUAUCAGGACCUGGGCUCAGGAACACUGAGUUCCGUGGCAGGGAAGUUGCAGCAGUUUGCAGAUACUUUAGUGAAACGUCACAAGGACAAGUACCUUGAUGAUGCCCUGCAGUUGCUAAAAACGUCACAACAGGUUUUGAGUUCCCUGACUGAGGCAGACAUUAUUCCCCUUCUACGGUGCAUCAUUACCUGUCAGAUUAGCACAUGCAGCGUUUCCAGCUCCUUUCAUAGGCUGGAAAAGAUUAUAUCAAAGCUUGCUGAGAUCAGACCACAGCUUGUGUCACAAGAGUUGGGAAAAUCGUUGUGCAACUUGGUGCAGAAUGAAGAGGUAUUGCAACUUAAAGAUCUGCAGAUAGUCUGCAUGUAUCUGGAGGGAAGCCCUAUAGGAAGGGAAUUCUUCAGGCAACACCUUGUCUUCCUGUUGAAGAUAACUGCAGUUACACUUUCAGCAGUGAUGAAAGACCAGACCACCCAGAAUGUUUUGCAAAGUUAUAUGGCUGUCAAGAUGUGUUUCCAGAUUUUCAGAGAGUUGCCAGAGAAAAUUGCCUCCUUUGUGUGGACUUCUAUUCUGGAUGACAAUAAUUUAAAAGGCAUUCUGGAAUCUUUGGUGCAGAUUAUUGCAAUGCAGAGUGUAAGCCGUGACACCAGGCUGAUGGCUGGCACAGCCCUUGCCUCACUAGCAAAUACAUCACCAGUCCCAGAAGUAGGAGCCCAAGACAUUCUAAACCUUGUUCUGUGGAGGAGAGAGGUCUCGGGGAAUGUGCGUUUUGGGGAACUGGCUUUGUUUGACAUAAAUCUUAGCUUGGAUAGGUUUGGGUUACUUGCACUUAUCAGAGGAUUACUUACCUGUGGACACCCAGACCUUCUCAUCUGUGAAGUGUCUUCUUCUGCCAAGAGUCACAUUCUGCUUGAACAUCUUCUCUCCCCUGUGGCUUAUCUGUGUCAGGCUGAGACAGAGCAUUAUUAUAGUUUCCAAGUGUUCUGUCUAUGGCUGCAGCGUGUUCGUGAGCAAAUUACUGAGAUCUUGCAAAAACGACAGACAGGCCAUCUGCUACACAAUGGAGAUACACUGUGCCAAGUGAAUCGUCUUCUCUGGACCUGUGCAGAAAUGCCUGUGGAGGGUACGGCUGACUUAGUACUUCGCUGUUUUCAGCACUUCCUACAUAUUCAUCACACAGAGUGUCACUUGUCCGAGUCAUCAGAGGACACCCUACAUCAGGAGAUGCUACAGAGAAUCACAGAAACCUCUUGGCAGUCCCGGUCCAGAUAUAGCCCACUCUGUGCUCUUUUGCAAUUUAUGGGACCUAUGAAGGUCCUUGCACUGUAUCCCCAGUUACCAUGUCACCUGUAUCACUGCCUUAGCAUCAACUACCUCUGCCCAGCAGCUUCUGAGACCUACCGCAUCAUACUAACUUUGCAGCGGGCAGAGUGGUUGAAAGACAGGCUACAAGAUGAGGGAAAAUUGGCUCAAUUAUGGUCCGUAACCUGGUUGCCCCAUUUGUGUAAUGCUUUAAGCUCCAGAGAGAGCUCCCUACAAAACAAUGCUGCCACACAUCUCCUCCCUACCACUCUCCGCUGCUUUCCAGAAUCUUCAUCUCUGAUUGCGGAUCAGCUUAAGGGUGCAGAGCUUUCACAGUUGCGUGGAUGGAUGAGCCUUGUGAGAGGGCAGAAGAUGGUUUCUGGCCAAGUUGGCAAGAAUGGUGUGGAGAGGCUGAGGCUUUGCCUGAAAUCUGCAGAUGACAAUGUUCGCUUGAGUGCACUAAGCUACCUCUGCUGCAGUCCUCGGAGCAGUCAGCCCCCUUCAGUCCAAGAGAUAGAGCUGCUCAUGGAAUUCCUGCCUUUUAAUCUGAGUUGCGACAAUGCUGGAUUUCGUCAGCAGUUGCAGACGGUGCUGCGUAAAGCGCUGGAGAGGAUGAGGGAUGGGGCCCUAACUGCCUUACGCAAGGGAUGUAGUCAAGAAGAAAAUCUUACUAAAGCAGUAGACUUCUUGGAGUGGCUGCUUCAGCUAAGUGUAUCCUCAUUGUCUCCUGUGGGAAAUUAUCAGCGCCACUGCAGUGCUCUGCUCAUAUUAUGUGCUUUACUGGAAACCUGCACUGACUGCUGGAUACCCCAGAAGAAGAAAGGACAGCCCCCCAAGGAUUUGUCCAUCCUUCUUAAUCAUGCAAAACAGCAAGGAUGCUGGGAUUUCUUCUCUGCACCCAUCAUGCAGGCACUCGUGGGCUGUAUGCAAGAUAGCACUAAUGAGAUACGGGACAUGGCAUCAGAUUUAUUGGUACGGUUCUUCCCACCCAUCCCAGAACCUGUCACUCAAGCCUUGUUUGAGCUUGGACAGAUGAACCUUUGCAACCCCCGGGUACCUGUGGCAGAAGCUGGAGCCCUUAUAAUGAAAACCUUGCUGCAGAGGCCAGAUGCAGUAGUUCUGUUCCCUGGAAAAGCCCCUAACACUGCAUUGAGCUUCUUGACCUGUCUAGUUGAAAUGCUGAAGGAUCAUUUCCAAUGUGCAAGGGAAAACCUGUUAAAGGCAGCCACCUUCAAGCCUUUGCAUGGUGUGCUCAGUGCUACACGCCUCUGUUUGCUGGAGGUUCCAGCUGUCUUACAGUCCCUCUCUCAUGAAAAUCUUGCUCCCAGCUGGUGUUGCCUUCUGAAGGACCUAGUGAGCACUCUGCAAGAGGUCACUUCAUUUAUCCUAAGUGUGCUGUAUGGAUCAAUAGGUGCUAAACCUCCAGAUGCACCAGCUCCAUCGUUUGCAGACAUGGGUAAGGCUGUUAGUGCUUUAAUUGCACGUGGACAGGGCCUUGAGGAGCUUCAAGGAGCAAUACUGCUAUCAGAGGAGCACAGCCUCAUUAUGACCUGUUGUUGGGUUUCCUUAAAGGAGAUUGGUGUCUUAUUGGGACCCUUGGUUGAAAAGCUACUGUCUGUCCCUGCUGUCCUCCUUCCUCUCAUUACUGUAAAGGAAUCUGUAGCAACGUAUCAGGAUAUAUUUCUGAGAUGUCGACAUUGGGGGGCAGUAGAUGGAUGUAGUACAGGAUUUACCAAGCUUUGCAGUGCUUUACUUUGUCAUGAAGAUUCAAAAUUACGAGACAUCCCCAGGGAGAUUAUGGAGCAGGCCCUGGUAGAGUCUCAGUCUCAGAACUCUCUCUCUGUAACUCGCAGAGGUGCAGGUUUCCCUGUUCUCCUCCAGUGCAUCCUAAAUGCAGAGGGUCCCCAGCGCCCACUGUUAGAGUCCUGCGUAUCGUCCUUGCUGGAGUUAGCUGAGAAGCCUUUGCCCUCAGAAUGGGACCAAACUCGAGACCUACCACAGGUAUCGGCAGUACAUGCCUUGCAGACAAUGCUCCACUCAGCAGGCUUGCGCAUGGUACUGCUCUCCCAUGCUGUUCCUAUGAUGUCACUUGCUCUUCGUUCUCUGCGCUCAGGUUGCUGGGCCAUGCGCAACGCAGCUUUACAGCUUUUCAGUGCUCUUGCAGGCAGCAUGCUAGGACUAUCUCGCAGUGACAGUGACCACUCGGUGCAGAGCACUCUAUCGGUAGCUACUCUGCUGAAGAGAUUCCCAGGACUACAAGAUGUGCUGCUGAAGGAACUGUACAGUGGUCUGUGUUCGGGAACAACAUUGCAUCCUACUCUGCAUCCAACCCUGACAUUGCUUGCCAGGCUCCACCCAGGAGGAAAUAGUGAGGCAAGCUAUUUCGUGAAGCCCUUGUUGGACCUGGCAGGAAACCCUCUCUAUGCAGUGCGUGUCAUGGCAGCCCGUGCCCUUGUACCUGUAGUCCAGAUGGCUGAUUACCACACCCUUCUGUUUGAGUUAGUAGGGAAACUUCCCAGUGCAAAUGAAAGGAUAUCCCACAAUGCAUUGCAUGGCCAUCUGCUGCAGUUACAGGCUUUGCUCACACAAGCCAUGCAGAAGUGUUUGCCUGAAGAUGUUGAGCAAGAAUUAGCCCAGCGGCUGCAUUCAGCUCUGUGGUUAAUAUCUCCUGCUCAGAGAUGCCCACUGGUUUCCACUACAUUCCUGGAAGUCCUUUCCCUGCUAGGGCCAACUUCUAGGAAAGUUUGUUCUAGACAAGUCUGGGAAGCUGUGUGUGAAGAGUUGCUCACAGAGAAAGAGGGGGCUCAAGUGGGCUCUGCAGUUUUCCAUGAAGCUUGUGUCUUGUAUUUCUGUAAUGAAAUUGCCAGUUCCUGUGACCCAAAUAUGCAUGCAAAAGUUUGCCAUCUCCUGCAAACUUGUAAUCAAGCUGUGCUGAAGUGGCUGAAUAAGCAAACUGAGAUUCACCAAGCUCUUGGUGAGACAUUGAGGCACACACUACAGGACAUGCUGUAUCCCGUGUUGCUUUCUCAUGGUACCACUGAGAGCCUAAAACUGUUUUUGGAGAGUUAUAAUCAUUUACACAAUAUAUGCUCCCAACCCAGUUCUCCACAAAAUAAGAACUUACAGAGUGCUAAGAUACUUCUCACAAUGUUGGAGUCAAGCCAAGGUGGACCAAAGUUUCGUGGCCAACUGCUGUGUACCCUUAGUCUGCUGAUAGCACAUAGCGCUCUACUGGAAGACUUGUCUCUGGUUUCUCAAUGGCUUUCAGCUAUGUUAAACUGUUCUCACCCGGCCUUAUCUUGCGAGGAGCUGCGAUUGGCUGCUGCUCAGGCCAUGCAGCUAGCGGGAGUUCACUUGGUGAAACAGGCUCUAAGAAGAGGCAGCUUAGAUCUCCAGCAACUUGCAGUAAGGACUAUAGUCUGCGCAGUGGAUCUCUUACAAGAUGAGGAUCGGUGUGUGAGAGAAGUUGCCACCCGUUUUGCUGUAGGUGUCCUGGACCUUCCCGCUGGUGUGACCCUGCAAAGUGACCAAGCUAUUCUGCAUCUGCUGCAUCUGCUGAGGGACGACUUCUGUAACUGUGUGGAGACAUUCAAUGUUCUCCUACUUCGUCUGCCUCCAUUUGACCUUCAGUCUGCUCUUUGUGAUUUUCAGGAUAGGUCUAUUAGUCUGUAUGAGCAGGAUGAACCCAAUGUAUUUGCCGACUCCAUGUUCCUGUCCUCUCUUCUGUUACCGGUACUUAUGCAUUUAGUGGGGUCCUUGUCCAACUCAACAUCACACCACACAGCUGUUUUACAGUGGGUAACAAUUACUGCGCCUGUUAUAAGUUAUCAGAUACAACAUUUGAAAUCUUGGUGGAAGGAGCAGGGAUCAGUGUCAACACUCUGGCUGAGAGCUGUUGGGUGCUCACAAGUACAUGCUGCCAUUCUAGGGCUCCAGAUACGUGGAGAGCUUCUUCUUAGUGCUCUGGAGAAUUUAAGUUCUUCUGGGGUAGAAAUCGCACACCUUGACCUAACCCACGACACACUCAGAGAGGAGCUGUUGAAAUUACAAUCAGAAUUCAGGCUGCGUUUGAUGAGAUUCUUUGUGAUGGACAGUCCUGAUUGAUAACUUUUUAUUUUUAAAAGAACUUAUUUAAAUUAUUUGCUACUAAAAGGACCUUCUACUCUUCUCUCACUUCGAUCUGUUAUGCUGCAAUGUAGCAAAGGUUUGGAAAAAUGGAAAGGACAGAUUUUUAUAUGAAUAAAACCUAUUUCAUAAUAGAA